AUGCAGCGGACAAUGCGAGGAGGCCAGUAUAGGCGCAUGGAAUGGGAGGGAUCACCGGAAAACCCCCCCAAGCAGGAAAAGGGUGACGGAGACAGCAGGCCGGAACGAACAGCCAGCCAGCCAGCCAGCUCCCAGGCACGCACGCACGCAAGCAAGCAGAAACAACAGCUGCAGGAAUACUCCGUAGACGCAGCAGCAGCAGCAGCAGCAGCAGUAAAGAGAUGUGUCGAAAGCCGGGCAUUAUAUAUCAAUGCACAUAAACAUGAUAUAUGUAUAUCACCACAGCUAGACCUCGAAGAAUGGGAGAAAAAGAGCAAUAAUCUGAAACAAGCUUACAUACAGAUGGCCGUCAAUGUGUCGAGUCGUGCUUGUUUGCCGUUCUUUUCUUAG